AUGGCGGAAGAAGAGUCGAGCGCGCAGAUUCGCGCAGCUAGCAGAACCAUGGAAGGUUAUAGGCUUCAUCUUUCGGUUAUUGGAUUGACGUUUGGUCUCUUCCUGUCUGCGCUGGAAACGACGAUCGUAUCGACAACGCUUGACACCAUCGCAAAGCAUUUUGACGAUGAGCGCGAGUACUCGUGGAUAGUCACUGCUUACAUGGUCACCUUUAACGGCUUCUUGCUUCUACAUGCGCGAUUGAGCGAUGUCUUUGGCCGCUUCACCGUCUUCUACGCCUGCCUCGCCAUCUUCGCUCUAUUCUCUGGCGUUUGCGGAGCAGCACAAUCCAUGACACAAUUAAUUGUCUUCCGCGCUUUCCAGGGCCUCGGCGCCUCUGGCCUUUUCUCACUAACAAUGGUGAUUGUCCCUGACGUUACUCCCGAUCGCUGGCUGGGUUUGUACUCUGGCGUUGUGAGCUCAGUGUUCGCCUUCUCGAGUGUUUUGGGCCCGGUGUUGGGCGGCGUUUUGGCCCAGCAUUCGACGUGGAGAUGGGUGUUUUUACUCAACUUACCCGGUGCAGCAGUAUGUGCCUUUUUGCUGCUCCCGUCACUCAGAUGGAAGAAUGAUUCCAAGUCUGUGAGGAAUGGAUGGAGGGAAAUUGACGCACCCGGCGCGUUCCUCUUCUUGGCUGCCACGAUUUUUCUGAUCUACGCUCUACAGAGUGCCUCGACGGUUGGUGAUGGAAACGGCUGGUCGAGCCCGGCCAUUAUUGGCUGUUUAGUCGGUUCUGGAGUGUCGCUGAUCAUGUUCAUUGGGUAUGAAUUGGUGCUCCCCCGAUACUCAUCGAUUGCUCCAUUCUUCCCUCUUCCGUUGCUUCUGCAGCCGGACAUUGCGCUUCUCAUGAUAUCUGCUUUCUUCAUGGGUAGCUCGUUCUACUCUACCAUUAUCCAACUACCCCAGCGUCUACAACACGUCAAUGGCAAGUCCCCAACAACAGCAGGCGUUCUUCUCCUGCCAGUGCUUCUCCCAUCAGCGGGCUUCUCUGCGCUAUCUGGAGGUCUUUAUCGCAAGUUUCCUGCAGCGACACCUCUGCUUCUUUUUUGCGGUGGUGUCCUUCAAGUUAUUGGUGUCGGGCUGAUGUCUACUCUACCAACUGGGUCAUCUGUUUCGAACAGUCAAUAUGGGUUUGAAGUCAUGACAGGCAUUGGCUUUGGACUCAUGCUUCCAUCUUUCAUGAUUCUCGCGCGAGAUUGGGUAUCUGAGGAACAAUACGCGACCGCCAUGGGCCUCGUGAAUAUGUUCAGAACUUUGGGCGGCUGCGUCUCAAUUGCAGUCUGCGGCGCAAUUCUCAACAAAGAACUUGACAAGGCAUCCAGGAUCGCAAACAAUAAAUCGGCCUAUGGGGAUAUCUACAACGAGCAAUUCUUUGUCAUGGCCAGCUUAUCUAUACCGUCUGCGCUGGCUGCUGGCAUCAUCUUGAUGAGACAGUACACCAAGAAAGGUGUUUUCAGGCUAGCACCUGGCUCAGGCACUGUUAGCAGUUAG